ACCUGGAGGCGGGGCCUGCUGUCCCGUGGGCGGGGUCGGCGACCGAACUGUCCUGGAGCCUUGGGGAUCUGAAUCCUUCUCCGGCGGACAGGGAAACGCCGGACCAUGGGCGUCCAGGAGCGGGAAGCACAGAGGUGGCAGGGUUGAGCCCCGCUGAGACCUCUGGGCCGGCCAUGGGCGACCGCGAGCGCAACAAGAAGCGGCUGCUGGAGCUGCUGCAGGCUGCGGGCACCGGCAACGGGCACUGCGCCGACUGCGGGGCAGCGGAUCCUGAUUGGGCCUCUUACAAGCUGGGGAUUUUCAUCUGUCUCCACUGCUCUGGCGUCCACCGCAACUUCCCAGACAUCAGCAAAGUUAAAUCCGUGAGACUGGACUUCUGGGACGACAGUAUGGUGGAGUUCAUGACUCACCAUGGGAACCUCAACGUGAAAGCCAAGUUUGAAGCAAGAGUCCCAGCUUUCUACUAUGUCCCUCAGGCCAACGACUGCCUGGUCUUAAAGGAACAAUGGAUUCGAGCUAAGUAUGAAAGACAGGAGUUUACGGCUAUUGACAAAGCUGUCUCACAUCCAGGUAACCGAGAAGGGUUCCUGUGGAAGCGAGGACGGGACAACGCACAGUUCCUGAGAAGGCGGUUUGUCCUUCUGUCGAGGGAAGGCCUCCUGAAGUACUACACCAAGGAGGAGGGUAAAGCCCCAAAGGCUGUCAUCAGCAUCAAGGACUUAAACGCCACCUUCCAGACAGAGAAGAUAGGACAUCCCCACGGGCUGCAGAUCACCUACAGGAAAGAGGGCCACACCAGGAACCUGUUUGUUUAUCAUGACAGUGGGAAGGAGAUAGUGGAUUGGUUCAAUGCUCUCCGUGCAGCCCGCCUGCAAUACCUGAAAUUGGCCUUUCCUGAUCUCCCAGAGUCUGAGCUGUGUCCUGUGAUGCUUGGUCCUUGGGAGAUGUUGGGAUCUGCCUGUGGUGGUAAAGGUAACAGUAAGCGGAGGACUUCCUAUCGAUUGUCCCCAGACAUCUGGGUUCUACAUCUACUUCCUGCAGCCUUGUCUGGGAACAGGAAUGACAUGGGGCAGAAGAUGGUAGUUUAAGCCAGUAGGCCUAGGCCCUCACAGUUGCUCUGUUACUGACAUACUGUGUGAGCCUUACAGGUACCUUUCUGAACACAUUUCCAUAUUAGGAAGAUGGUGGCUGGUCCAGGUCUCCUUCAGGGUCCCCUCUAAGCUCUGAGGUUCUGUGAUUGAGGAUGUGGGUUUGUUUUGUUUUGAUUUGGGUUUGGUGGUGGUGUUUGUGACAUAGUCUCACUGAGUAGCCCAGGCUGGCCUAGAACUCACUAUGCAGAUUGGGCUGGGCUGGAAAUCACCUAGAUCUGACAGCCUCUGCCUCCCAAGUGCUGCAAUGAAAGGUGUGGGCGUGUGUGUGUGUGUGUGUGUGUGUGUGUGUGUGUACUUAUAUGUACACAUGUGUGUCUAUGUGUGUGGAGGUCAGAAGUCAGUCUCAUGUGUCAUCCUUCAGAUGCUGUCUACCUUGACAAUCUUUCUCCAUUGCCCUGUGCCUUCCCAUUAGGCUGGGCUGGCCGUCCAGUGAGCCCCAAGGAUCCUCUGGUCUGUGUCUCCCUAGUGCUGAGAUUAUGGUCCUCAUGACAGAAGCUCAGCUUUUUUAUGUGGGUACUGUUGUUCAAAGUCAGGUCCUUACACUUGCACGGCAAGCACGCUAGCCAUGGGACCAUCUUAACCUGUGAUCUCUUAGUCUCAUCUGUUAGAGCCUCAUUGAAAACCUAAAUGUUCCUCUCGUCCUGGGGUUUGCAGGGAGCUGAGUAACUGUGAUGUACCCGUUUCAAAGUUCCCUAGGCACAGUUCCAGCAAGGACAGGGGUCAGGCUCAAAGCUGAGGUCAUGAUGCUUAGUCAGCACCCAGAGCUGGUUACUGCUGACUCAGUGAAGAGUCCAGGGUGCUGACUGCUGACCCAGGAGAGGGGAGGGCAAAGGGGAGGGCAAAGGGGAGGGCACAGGGCAGGUGCUCAGCCUUAUUAGAUCUGGCCCGGCUUCCUCUGUUUGGUUACCUGUGUGGAGGAAGCCAUCUUUUGACCAAUGUCCCCAAGGUUCUCUUGCCUCCGUCAUCAGCCAUAUUUCUACCACACUUGCCUGUCUCUCGCUCUUGUCCUUCCUAUAUCUAGGUGUGGUGCUCAGUCUUAAGAAUUUAGUGCUGGAAACCUAGGAAGUCUUUGUGGAGUUACAAUCUUUUCACCUGAAAGGCACAUGGGGUGGGGGUGUGGCUCAGCAGCAGAGCACUUGCCUCGUUUGUGUUAGACCUUGGGGUCCAUUCCCAGCCUGAGGAAGGAAGAAAGUAUGUUUAGUGGCCUAUAAUCCCAGCACCUUGGAGGCUGAGGCAGGAUGACUGCUGAAAGUUUGAGGCCAGCCUGAGCCAAAGAGUGAGUUCAAAAUCUGGCCAGCUUGGGAUAUACAGGAAAACCAUGUUGGGAGUGGACGGAGGGAGGAGGGAAUUGAAGAUGUGCACAUAGACCUGAGUCAGAGCCUACUGUGCUGUCCAGAAGAUGACAUGGUCUCUGAGCUUCAGUGUGCUCAUCUGUCACCAUGGCUCCCUGCCCCUGCCAGGCUAAUAUAGUGAGCCAAUGUCUGAAGUGCAGGAAAGAAUACUGAAGGAAAACUCCAGCCAGGUGGCUUCCCUUGUUUCUCUUGGGUCUAGACUAACCCUGUGCCUGUUCAAAUUGAGAAUAUGAAACAGUUGGGGCCUAUUUUCUCCAAACUAAGAAUAAAUCCUAUAGAAUAUAUUUGAGGAGAGAUGGAGUAGUCUGGUGUAGAUUUUCAUUUGGGGCCUCAGCUUCCCUCUCUUGCUUCCUGUGGUGAUUCCCUCAACUUUGCCCCUGCAGCUGCAGGGCCCUGCUAUGUCCUUAAGAAUCUAGACUGCCAUUUGAUGCUCUAGGUCUGUCUAGUCCCUAUCUCCCCACUACCAGGAAGCAUAGGAAGUCACUCUAACCCCUGGCAGCUUCUCUGAGUCUAGGAAUGCAGGCUGUAGGGCUGUUGGAGAUCACAGUAGGGAAUGGACCCCCAGAGACAGAAAGCUUACCAAGGGAACAUCUGGUUGAGCCAGAAGUGGUGCUGAGAUUCUGGUGGCCUCCUAACACCUUGGCCAGAGUUUCCUCACUGUGUCUACCCUGCUAUCUCCUCUUCAUGGCCAGUGUCAGAAUCUGUGACCGGGUCUCAGCUGGCACCGGUAUGGUGAGGCAUCUGGUCAAAGGCCUCUGCCAUCUUUACAUUUUUAGUACCAUGGUGUGAUGGUACACGGGAAGCUGGCCUGCUGCCUGUCAGUCCUGAGUGCAAAUCCCACCUUUUCAUGCUGUCAUGUCAGCCGAAUGACAUCAGCAAAGUCUUCUCCCACAUCUCUAUGCCUUAGUUUUCUUCUUUCUUUUCUGCUUCUUCUUCUUUCCCCUCCCCCUCCUCUUCCAUUUAUUUAUUUAUUUAUUUAUUUAUUUAUUUAUUUAUUUAUUUAUUUAUUUAGAUAAGGCUUCUCUCUGUAGCCUCAGCUGUCCUGGAACUCACUCUGUAGAUCAGGCUGGACUCAAAUUCAGAGAUCUGCCUGCCUCUGCCUCCUGAGUGCUGUGGUUAAAGGCAUGCAUCACCAUACCUGUUGUCAAGUGGCUCUCUUAACAGUCUUGCCUGAUCUAUAUAAUCUGAGAUGAAUGGAGUACUUAGAGCAUAACUGAGCCAUGCUGGGAAACCAUACUGGGGCUCAUGGACUGGCUUUGCUGAGCUAUUUGUAUUAUAUCCAGCACAUACUCCAAGUAUAACCCAUAAGCCAUACACCCUUCCCCAUCCCAAACUUCUCUGUGUCUUGGGGCCAAGUUUAAUUUGAAACCUUAAGCUCUGGGUGUAAAUAGGGGUCAGCCUCUGUCUCUCC